GUUGUUUAUAUCUUCACAGAUGGCGCUUCUGAUUGGUCGCACAUGGUGUAGAUCUCAAGAUUUUUAGUUUAUUUUUUAUUGUUGAAAUCGGCGGAAGUAUUUCGCGAAAUCUUUGUGGGAGAGUUUGAAGUACCGGUAUAGCUUUUCUACUGGAAUGGCGCAUCGGUACCGAGUGGAUUCUGGAGAUGUCGUGCAUUCCUUGCAGUUCAACCAGGAUCAGAGGGCGGAAAAAGUGGGAAGUAUCAAAGCGUGCUACUUGCUACAUCGUACGAAUUUGCUCGCACUUAUUGGUGGCGGGAAACGUCCGAAAUUCGCCGAAAACAGCGUUGUGAUCUUUGAUGACGCCCAAAAAGAAUGUUUGCAUGACUUCACCUUUUCGUCGGCUGUUCUUGCGGUUUGCAUGCAACGAGAUCGGUUUCUGGUGGUCUUGGAGCGGCAAAUCCACGUCUUCUCCUUUCCCCGGAAUCCUGAAAGGAUUUUUUCGGUUGAGACCCGUGCGAAUCCAAGAGGAGUGUUUGCUGUCUCACCUUCCUCAAUAUCACCUGCCCAAAUUCUAGUCUAUCCGUGCCACAAAAUUGGAACUGUUCAAGCGGUGAAUUUAUCUACUGCAGGCGGCGGUGUGACUAGCAGUCCGACGUCACUGCAUGCUCAUCAGAGCGAAAUAGCUUGCCUGGCUCUCAACAGCGAUUCAACCCUUCUCGCCACUGCCUCACGCCAAGGCACUUUGAUUCGGGUUUUCGACCUCUCCUCCAAAAAGAAAGUGAUCGAGCUGCGUCGAGGCAGUGACCCGGCCAGGUUGUACUGCAUCAACUUCAGCCCGAACAACGACUAUUUGUGUUGUUCCGCGGACACGGGAACUGUGCAUAUAUUCGCCUUGCGCAAAACGAGCUUGAAUCGACGAUCCGCAUUGUCCAAAAUGGGAAUUUCGCUGGGAAACUAUGUGGAGUCCCAAUGGGCGCUCACCACAUUCACCGUGCCACCGGAAUGUGCCUGUCUGUGUGCCUUUGUGGAUACCACUAACGUUGCUGCCGUUUGUCUCGAUGGAACGUUCCAUCGUUACGCUUUCAAUCCGGACGGUGGAAAGUGCACGCGGGUAGCCUUCGAUAUUUUCUUGGACCUGUUCGACGAAGAUGAGUUUUGAACCGUUUACGAGAUGAUUUUUUUUUAAACUGAUUUCAAACUGAUUUCUUUCGGUUUUGUUUUGUAUGGACUUUUGUAAGCGAGCGCAAAUUUUCCGACGACGCGUUGAAGCGUGCAGAUUUGUAUUUCUUUUCGAGAGGGUUUCGGAAGAAGAUAUUUGAGAGUUGCGUAUUGGUUCUGGUCAAUGUUUCAAGUGAAUCAAGGCUGUUUCUUCUUUUUGUAAGCGAAUGUAAUCAUUUGCAUGUAAUGAAGUGAAGAAUGCAGACUGACUUUGAAUGUUGUACCUUCAGGGGGUUUUUGAGCUGUGAAACGAGAAUGAUGUCUUUGGGGGGGAAUCGGGUCAAAUGUUUCGAUGAACGCAUAUGAGUGAACAGUUUCUAUUAUUGUGUUUCCUGUGAAUUCGAUUUAUUGAGCGUAUCGAUGUAGAAUGCUCCAAUUUUUUAUUGGAAUUGCAUCGACCAUCGCUGAGUAUGAAUAUGCAUUGCAUGAUUUCGAGAGGAGAGAAAUACAGAUGCCAAAUGGGAAGUUUAACUGAACUGAAUGGACUACAGC